CCCGGCCCCGGCCCCUUCCCGCCGGGCUCGGCUCCCGGCGCCUUCCGCCGCCCGCGGGCCAGCGGCAGCAGCGGGGCGGCGGCGGCAGCGGCAGCAGGAGGAGGAGGAGGCGGCCUCGGCGGGUCGGGGAGCGGCUCCAUGGCGACCGCGGCGACGGAACCGGUGUACGGGCUCUCGGAGGACGAGGAGGAGUCUCGCGUCCUCAGGGUGAAGGUGGUGUCUGGCAUCGAUCUGGCGAAAAAAGACAUCUUUGGAGCCAGUGACCCGUACGUGAAACUUUCCUUGUAUGUAGCAGACGAGAACAGAGAACUUGCUCUUGUGCAGACAAAAACCAUUAAAAAGACGCUGAACCCCAAGUGGAAUGAAGAAUUUUAUUUUAGAGUGAACCCAACCAACCAUCGGCUCCUGUUCGAGGUGUUUGAUGAGAACAGACUGACCAGAGACGACUUCCUGGGCCAGGUGGAUGUGCCGCUCAGUCACCUCCCGACUGAAGACCCGACCAUGGAGAGGCCGUACACAUUUAAGGAUUUCCUCCUCAGACCAAGAAGCCACAAGUCUCGUGUGAAGGGUUUCCUGAGGCUGAAGAUGGCUUACAUGCCUAAAAACGGGGGCCAGGAGGAGGAGAACAGUGAUCAAAGGGACGACUCCGAGCAUGGCUGGGAUGUGGUUGAUUCCAGUGACUCUGCGUCCCAACGUCAGGAGGAGCUGCCACCUCCUCCGCUGCCUCCUGGAUGGGAAGAGAAGGUGGACAACUUGGGACGGACUUACUACGUCAACCACAACAACAGGACCACCCAGUGGCACCGGCCGAGCCUCAUCGAUGUGGGCUCAGACUCUGACAACAACAUCAGGCAGAUAAACCAGGAGGCGGCUCACCGGCGGUUCCGCUCUCGGAGGCACAUCAGCGAGGACCUGGAGCCAGAGCCCACGGAGAGCGGAGACAUCCCCGAGCCUUGGGAAACCAUCUCAGAGGAGGCAAGUGCCAGUGGAGAUUCCUUAAGCUUGUCACUGCCACCCCCUCCUGCAUCCCCAGUGUCCCGGACCAGUCCUCAGGAGCUGUCUGAGGAGCUGAGCAGGAGACUCCAGGUCACUCCUGACUCCAACGGGGAACAGCUCGGCUCUUUGAUUCAAAGAGAACCUUCUUCGAGGCUGAGGUCGUGCAGCGUGACAGACGCAGUGGCUGAGCAGUCGCAGCUAUCCCUGCAGAGUGGUCCCUCUAGGAGAGCUCGUUCUUCAACUGUCUCAGGUGGAGAGGAGCCAACGCCCUCCGUGGCCUACGUGCACACCACGCCGGGGCUGCCCUCGGGCUGGGAGGAGCGCAAGGACGCCAAGGGCCGCACCUACUACGUCAACCACAACAACCGCACCACGACGUGGACACGGCCCAUCAUGCAGGUACCUGCAGGCACAGACACUCAAACACUCAGCCUGGGUGAGGGUGACCUCAGCUGGAACCCCAUCAUGCAGCUGGCCGAGGACGGCAUGGUGGCACCAGGCAGCAGCAGCAGCAACCACCUGAGCGAGCCGCAGAUCCGGCGGCCCCGCAGCCUCAGCUCCCCCACCGUCACCCUGUCGGCCCCGCUGGAGGGCAUGAAGGACUCUCCGGUGCGCCGGGCGGUGAAGGACACCCUCUCCAACCCGCAGUCCCCACAGCCAUCCCCCUACAACUCCCCCAAGCCCCAGCACAAGGGGGCCCAGAGCUUCCUGCCCCCGGGCUGGGAGAUGCGCAUCGCCCCCAACGGCCGCCCCUUCUUCAUCGACCACAACACCAAGACCACCACCUGGGAGGAUCCACGGCUGAAGUUCCCCGUGCAUUUGAGAUCCAAAGCAUCUCUGAACCCCAACGACCUGGGCCCUCUUCCUCCUGGCUGGGAGGAAAGAAUACACCUGGAUGGAAGGACGUUUUAUAUAGACCAUAGAAGCCAGGUGUUGAUAUGUGGAGACAUUGAUACCAGAGACUUAGUGCCCUCCUACGAUAAUAAGAUUACCCAGUGGGAAGACCCCAGGCUGCAGAACCCGGCCAUCACGGGCCCAGCAGUUCCGUAUUCCCGGGAGUUCAAGCAGAAAUAUGACUAUUUCCGGAAGAAGUUAAAGAAACCCGCUGAUAUACCCAACAGAUUUGAGAUGAAACUACACAGAAAUAAUAUUUUUGAGGAGUCCUACAGAAGAAUCAUGUCCGUGAAGAGACCUGAUGUACUGAAAGCCAGGCUCUGGAUUGAAUUUGAGUCAGAAAAGGGACUUGACUAUGGAGGUGUGGCCAGAGAGUGGUUUUUUCUCUUGUCCAAGGAGAUGUUUAACCCUUACUAUGGUCUCUUUGAAUACUCAGCCACGGACAACUACACACUUCAGAUUAAUCCUAAUUCAGGUCUCUGUAACGAAGACCACCUGUCGUACUUCACGUUCAUCGGCCGGGUGGCCGGGCUGGCUGUGUACCACGGGAAGCUGCUGGACGGCUUCUUCAUCAGACCUUUCUACAAGAUGAUGCUGGGGAAGCCGAUAACUCUGAAAGACAUGGAGUCAGUGGACAGCGAAUACUACAACUCCCUGAAGUGGAUCCUGGAAAAUGACCCCACCGAGCUGGAUCUCAUGUUUUGCAUAGAUGAGGAAAACUUUGGACAGACAUAUCAAGUGGACCUGAAGCCCAAUGGGUCUGAAAUCAUGGUAACGAAUGAAAACAAGCGGGAAUACAUUGACCUGGUCAUCCAGUGGCGGUUUGUCAACAGAGUGCAGAAACAAAUGAAUGCCUUUCUGGAGGGAUUCACAGAACUGCUUCCCAUUGACCUGAUUAAAAUUUUUGAUGAGAACGAGCUGGAGCUGCUGAUGUGUGGCCUUGGUGAUGUCGAUGUCAAUGACUGGAGACAACACACCAUCUACAAAAACGGCUACUGCCCCAAUCAUCCCGUGAUCCAGUGGUUCUGGAAGGCCGUUCUGCUGAUGGAUGCUGAGAAGCGGAUCCGGCUCCUGCAGUUUGUGACCGGGACGUCUCGAGUGCCUAUGAAUGGAUUUGCUGAACUUUACGGUUCAAAUGGUCCUCAGCUGUUUACAAUAGAGCAGUGGGGAACUCCUGACAAGCUGCCCCGAGCUCACACCUGCUUUAACCGCCUGGACUUACCUCUGUACGAGUCCUUCGAGGACCUGCGGGAGAAGCUCCUCAUGGCCGUGGAGAACGCCCAGGGCUUCGAAGGGGUGGAUUAGGCCGGUGCCCCGUGGCCCUCCAAGCACGUUCUGCUGCAGCCUGGCCCUGCCCCGGGGCACCCCAGGGCCCGUGGGGAGCAGUUGGGCUGGCACCGGGCCCGGGAUGGAGCCGGGAUGGGACCCUCCCUCCCUCCCACCCUCCGGCAGCGCGGGGGCCGAGCCCCCGGCUGGGACCGUCCCCGGCCCCUGGGGGGGCCUCGCCCGCCCUCCCCGCAGGGGCUGCCACCGGAUCACAUUUCAGCAGGACUUACUCUAUUUAUGUCGUGCCUCUGUAGGCAAAGCCCUUAAUAAAUAUUUUACAUAAUUUCUAAUGACAAUGAAUGGAAUUAAUCAUUUUACAGGUAUGGUAUUACAGCUCAUGUUUACUUUUUAAUUGAUUUAGACAUUUUCAGAUUUCGUUACAAUUAAAUAUCAUAUACUUGGAAAAAUGAGCAUUUUUCUUAAUUUCAUACCAGACUUGAUGCCACUGUCAUUUUUUUUUAAAGCACAUUGAGGCUUGUGUUCCCAAACCUUUAGGAGAGUAGGAGAAAGCUGUGUUGGAAGCUGCUGUAUCUCAAGAGCAACUCUCUUCAUUAAGCACAUCAGUGUUGUUCUGUAUCCAGAAGGAUGGGCUGGAAGUUGCAUUUUUGUAAGUACUGGAAGAGUGUCAGGGCUGGGCAGAGCCCUGACACAGCAUGUCCGUCUGCCUCGGUCCUGCCAAGCUGUACAUGUGCUGCAAAGCAUCGGGGCUGGCAUUGGCAUUAAUCUGUUAGGAAAACUUGCUGAACUCUGUCAUUCUCUCUGUACAGUGACUCUUUUUCCAUCCUUUCCCUGCUCCUGUUUGCAGUGGGGACAUUUGGAAUGAACAGUGGCACUGUGGAACACAGCUCUGCUCUGGCUCCUGUUUGUGUGCACUUGCUGAUGAACCUUAUUAACACUGGGGUUGUUUGUUUCUAACUGCACUGACUCUAAAGGCACUUUCUGUACCACAGGGAAGGUAGACCUGGUUUGAGCAUAAAUGUUAAUGUGGUUUGACUCCUGUCCACUGCCCAUGUCCUUCCUGGUGCAGGAUCUGCCCGUGGUGAAUUUGGCUGCUGCUGCUGUACAAAGGAAAACCCAACCAGCUCUAGAGCUGAGCCUGCAGACAAAUGUUCCUCAGCAAUUGUCUUUGUGAUUUCUUUUUCUACUUACUCACCAAGAUUUAUUUAAUAUCCAGUGCUAUCUAAUCCUUUUUGUUACCUAUGACCUGUUGCAUGCCUGAACUAUAAUGUCUGAGUUGCAUCUGUUUUGUGACGGAUUAAAGGUGACAGAUUUGUGCUCGCCCCAGUGCA